ACAACUCCCACCGCCGCGUCCCAAGGACAUGAGCCAUGUCUGGCCCUCGCCUCGAACGUUCUCUGCGACGAGCUCGCUGUCUAUGCAGACGCGCAUCUCACCCUUCGUCAAUUGUUGAAAACUCUAUACCACGCCUACACACACCAUGCGUGUCUCAACGUCCUCAUGCCCUCCGACACCACUCCUCCACCGCGCUGCGACUCUCUCCUCUCAUCGACCCUCUCACGGGCCACGACUCGGAUCCCCACACGCAACCAGAGUCGAGCCCCGACACACCGCCCGAGAUCUCAGAUACCGAAUGGGACCUGCGCACAGGACGGGCCAUCGACCUGCUCCGCUCGACGCUUCCCACGUUCUUCAAUACGGGGCUCGUUACCCGUGCGCCGCCCGCCGUAUCUCCGUCGUGGAACCUCACUGGCGCCGACCUCGCGAGGGAUAGCAUGCCGACCACCGCCAAAGCGCACGGAGACGACAGCAAGUCGAUCUACAGCCCGAAUAUCUACUUCUCCUAUACCCCGCCGCACGCACUGCCGUCGCCGUUCCCGCGCACGUUGCACGUCGAAGGUUUCCCUUUGUACAUCGCGUCCUCUGUGUUCAUCCGCCACACGCUCAACGCGCUCUACUCCGAUUUAUCCGUCGACGUCCACAAGCUCUCCGUCAACCCUUCCCGGUCGUCACGUGCCCCGCACACGCCGUCAUCGGGGCUUGAACAAGACAGUGCGCGCAAUCGCACGCUCAGGCGAGAAAAGAGCCUUUUUGUCGGAUUUACAGUCUCCGGGAGCGCGCGCGUUACCGGCAGCGAGACGAAGUGGGAAGUCAACUCGACGUACACGUUCUCGCCCGUGUCGGGCCUCAUCCACAAGCACACCAUCGACUCGAUCCAGCCUGCGCCGCACGAGGCCGUGUUUGACCUCCUGCGCGCGGCGCUCGCGAAGCUGCGCAUCGGGGUCGCGGAGCCUGGGAGCGGCGUCGGCGUCGGCGGUGCAGCAUGUCGCACACACGCCAAGGGCAGUGGAAUAGGGGACGAGAAGGGUUGCAUGUGAGUGGAUCAGUCGUGCCCACACUGGACUUUCAGGAUAAGUGCGGGAUCGAUGGUGCGUGGUCGCGAUUGCUUGUAGACGGUAGGCCCGCGUACGGGAUGCGUUUUUGUUGACGUUAUGGACAGGUUGUGUCGUUCUCCCCCCUCUCAGAUCAAAUAGCUACAUAUAACUGUGCGCUGGCUCUGCGGGAUCUCUCCGGACCAACCUUACCCCCUCUCACAAUAUAUGAUAUGAUGCAGCUUUUUAGUG